AUGUUAUACCUGAGCGUUGAAGAUUGCAAGUUUGUGGAGGGGGGUUUGGACUUGGUGGAGGAGUUUGAAAUAGAGUGCGAUGUUGGCUGGAAAUUGGAGUCAGAGAGUGAUAUGCUUGGGUACCCUGUGGCGAAUGUGCCGGGAAGCAUCGGGAGGUCUAAUUCUUCUGUAUUUUCGUACUCUAGCAAUUCCAGUGUAGGACCGGCUUUUGGGAAUGUGACGGCAUUGGAGCCAGAGAAUGGGUUGUGGACGCCUGCCUUUGAAGAGCGGGUGGACGAGUUUGGCGUUGGUGGUGGAGAGGUUGAUAAUUUGGGAAUGCAGCAAAAGGGCUGUAGUGUGGGGCAGUUGUCUCCCAUUGAGAAUAGUGAGCCGUUACAAGUUCAACAGUGGCAGCAGCCGCAAGAUGAGGUGCCACAGCCGUUUACGGGAUCUGCACAAGGUAAUGUUGAUGGUGACCAGGUGAGUGUGGGAAAUAGCGGCAGAGGAGGAAGUAGUAGAAAUAGUAGCAGUAGCAGCAGUAGCAGUAGCAGCAGCAGCAGCAGCAGCAGCAGUAUACGUGGUGAAAGCAGGGGCGCGGGCGCAAUCAAUAGUAACAGAAGGGUUUCAGACUCGCGGCUGUCUGCGCGAGGUCUGGCGGAGGUUUUAAAGCUGAAUUCGGCUGAAGAAGCUCUGCGGCGGGAGCGGUUUGUGCUUGAUAUCCUUAAGCGCGAACUCCAUUAUCCUUUAGGUUACAAAACGUGGGUACGCGAUACGACCAAGGAGUACCGCUCGGAGAUCUUGGAAGUACUGCACAAGCGUGUUAGUGUCAAGUACCCUGAAUAUGACAAAUCGGUGCUAGAGACAAUUAUCCGGCGCGCGACCUACUACAUGAUGCAAUCUAGAUUGCGGCGGGAGCGGAGAGCAAAGGCCAAGGCUAAGCGCGCGAGACCGGCUUGCUCCGGUGACCUUGAGUCAACUCACACACCAGAGGAGCCAGCUAAAAGUAACUCUCCAAUCUUGUAG